AUGCCAUGGCCCAGACUGCAUGUUGAUUGCGCAGGUCCACUUAAGGGUUCAUAUUACCUUGUUGUAGUGAACAGUUUUUCAAAGUGGCCUGAAGUGCAUAAGUGUAAAAAGACAGUAAGUCUUUUACACGAAUUUUUCGCCAGAUAUGGUAUUCCUGAAACCAUUGAGUCUGAUAAUGGGACUCAAUUUACUUCAGACGAGUUCAGGAAAUUUUGUAAAAUGCUCGUUAUCGAACAUGUCACCACCCCGCCGUAUCAUUCUAGGUCAAACGGACAAGCGUUUUAUGACACUUUCAAGAGGGUCAUAAAAAAGGCAAACAAUGAAGAUAUGAAUGACCUUGCACUUCAACAAUUUCUAAGCGUGUACCGAGUAACACCUAAUGCAAACACUCCGUCUGGAAUGUCAAACGCAGAAUUGUUGUUUGCUAGAAAUCGUGCAAUACUUCUCUGGGGAUUUCAUUGCUCGUGA